UGAUGCUGGGUGCGUGUCUGAUUCCAGAAGUGCGUCCCCCAAGGGGCGGUCGGAGGACGACGCCUAUGACGACGAGAUGCUGUCAGCCAUUGAGGGGCUCAGUUCCACGAGGCCCUGCUGCUCCAAGUCUGACGACUUUUACACCUUCGGGCCCAUCUUCCUGGAGAAGGGCUUCGAGCGAGAGUACCGCCUGGCGCCCAUCCCCCGGGUCCGCCACUACUUCGCCUGCGCCAGCCUCGUCUUCGUCUGCCUCCUGCUGGUCCACGUCCUGCUCAUGCCCAGGACGGUGGCUCUGGGGGUGUCCUUCGGGCUGGUGGCCUGCGCGCUGGGGCUGGUGCUGGGCCUGUGUUUCGCUGACGAGUUGCUGCGGUGCUGCCCGGCCUGGACGGGGCUCCGGGCCGUCUCCGAGAGGGUGGAGACCCACCCGCUGCUGCGCGUGGCCCUGGCCGUGCUCACUGUGGGCAGCCUGCUCGUCAUCGCCAUCGUCAACAUGCCCUUGCUGCCCUCCCCAGCCCUGGAGCUGCCGGCUGGGAACCAGACCAGCCUGAGCAGCCGGGAGAGGAUGUCCUGGACCCCCUGCAAGCUCCUCCCGUAUCACACCUGCAGCUGCAUCCUGGCCUUCGUCGCCUGCUCCGUCUUCCUGAGGAUGAGCCUGGAGCUGAAGGUGGCGCUGCUGACAGGGGCCUUGGUGGCCUACCUGGCGCUCUUCCACCUCUCCCUGUGCGCGCAGUGGGACUGCUGCGGCCCCGGCCUGCGCAACCGCACGGAGACCAACGCCACCCUCAGCUCCCCCGCCUGCUCCUGGUCGGAUCUGAAGACCAUGAUCAGCUUCUACCUGGUUCUGUUCUACGCCACCCUCGUCUUGCUCUCCCGACAGAUCGACUAUUACUGCCGCCUGGACUGUCUGUGGAAGAAGAAGUUCAAGAAGGAGCGCGAGGAGUUUGAGACCAUGGAGAGCGUGAACCGCCUGCUGCUGGAGAACGUGCUGCCGGCCCACGUGGCCGCCCACUUCAUCGGGGACAAGCUGAACGAGGACUGGUACCAUCAGUCCUACGACUGCGUCUGCGUCAUGUUCGCCUCGGUGCCCGAGUUCAAAGUGUUCUACACGGAGUGCGACGUCAACAAGGAGGGGCUGGAGUGCCUGCGCCUGCUCAACGAGAUCAUCGCCGACUUCGACGAGCUGCUGCUAAAGCCCAAGUUCAGCAGCGUGGAGAAGAUCAAGACCAUUGGCAGCACCUACAUGGCAGCUGCGGGGCUCAGCGUGCCCUCUGGGCAUGAGAACCAGGACCUGGAGCGACAGCACGCCCACAUCGGCAUCAUGGUGGAGUUCAGCAUGGCCCUGAUGAGCAAGCUGGACGGCAUCAACAGGCACUCCUUCAACGCCUUCCGCCUCCGCGUCGGCAUAAACCACGGGCCCGUGAUUGCUGGAGUGAUCGGCGCGCGGAAGCCUCAGUACGACAUCUGGGGAAACACGGUCAACGUCGCCAGCAGAAUGGAGACCACUGGAGAGCUGGGGAAGAUCCAGGUGACCGAGGAGACGAGCAGCAUCCUCCAGGGCCUCGGAUACUCCUGUGAAUGCCGGGGCCUGAUCAACGUCAAGGGCAAAGGGGAGCUGAGGACCUACUUUGUCUGCACAGACACGGCCAAGUGCCAGGGGCCCGGGCUGAACUGAGGGCUGUUGGGAGGGGCAGGACCUCCUCCCCUGACACCAGCCAAACCCGUGGAAGAUGCAGCUCACAGUCACCAAGACCGUCCGAGGGCUGGCCGCCAUCGGCUCCCGACAGGUGCUGUGUGGGCCCCCAGGAGCCUGCGUGAGAGGACUUCUGAGGCACGUGCGCCAGCCCCAGCUUCAGGCAACCCUGGACCUCCCCACGCCGGGCAGUCGGGACCCGUGUGCUGGUGUGGGGAACGCAGCCCCCGCCCCAGGAAAAGGCUCCCGUUUCUGCUCCUCGUUCGGGUCCCGCUGCUGCUGGCCUGCUGUGGUCGUGACCGACCCCCCUCAUGGCCAGGAGCUGCACGGCGACCCGUUUUCCAGGCACAGGAGGACGGAGACAAGUAGUUGGCAUGGGCAGGACGCCUUUCGCCCCAGCGACCAGCUACGGCUUCCAUAUUUCUCACCCAGGCGUUCUGGUGAAUGGAGCUGGAAAGGGCGUUUCAAAUGUACAGAUGGUUUCAAACAGCGGGGAGAAAACCCCAGCGGACGUGCGUUACUUGCCGUCCCUGGCAUGUGCUUCUUUAACACGUUAGGCGCCAGGCCUGUUUUGUCUUCCUUUCCGUUUAGCCCGUGAUAUCCGAUUUCACCGAAAUGCUGGCGGCACCAGUGACGGGCCGGUCCGGAUGGAAAGCAGUGUCACCCUCCCUUGUACUUGGUGCAGACGGGACGUGAGCUUGCUGUCGGGCCUCAGGUCUGGCCAGGCCCUGGAGCUGUCGGCGCAGCAGCUGGACACGGGGUCAGAGGGCUCCGAGCUGAGCAGAGAAGAGCAGCUUGGGGUACUGGGGGCUGGACCCCAGCCUGCAUGAGAGGACUAAGUGACUGACAGGGCACUUAACGUGUUAAAUGGCUGCGUUACCAAUGAAGGUUUUAUCCUUUUUAAUGACUUCUUAGAUCCGAGACAAGCCUCUUCCCUCCAGUGUAUUCUCUGCCUUUUAACCACCGGCACGCGAGCAGGACCACUGUCCAGGGUCAGCUCCAGGGCUGCCCCGGCUGUGGGGACGCAGCUCUGUGGAAGGUGGCCUCACUUUGACUCCAGCCUUUCGAGGUUAGGUUCAGUCAGCAAAAAGCCUGCAAAGUUAGGCCCAGCCACCUCAGCCCGCCUACUGGUGCACGCUGGCGCCGUCCCCUGCAAGCUUCGGCAGGAAGGAGAGGGGCUGGGGCGCCCAGCACCUCUGGGACCCUCCUGUCCUCUCGUCCGCAUACUGACGCUGAGGAGCUUCACGCCAGCGGGGGCACAUGGAGAGGUCCCCUGACCUGGUUGCGGAGAUGUUCUUCUGACCGAAUAAACCAAGGCAAGUGCAAAAAGCAUCUAUGAGCUUCGACUCACAGAACCCCAAGUCCAGCCAGGCUCCACGGGGCAAGAACCAGCCUGCCGCUCCUCGUUCUGCACUGCCUGCCGCCUGGGCAGAGCUGCUGAUCUAAUGCAGGCGAUUUACGACCGCAGGGACCCCCGGAUCUAAUGCAGGUGACAUCACUAUCACAUGGACCACCGGAUCUAAUGCAGGCGACUCACUACCACAGGGACCCCUGGACCUAAUGCAGGUGACAUCACUACCGCAGGGACCCCCGGAUCUAAUGCAGGUGACGUCACUAUCACAUGGACCCCUGGAUCUAAUGCAGGCGACUCACUACCACAGAGACCCCUGGAUCUAAUGCAGGUGACGUCACUACUGCAGGGCUAUCGGCUAGUCACCCACGGACCCCUGGGGUUAGAGAACUGCACAGAGACUUCAGGAAGAGGAGACAGGGUCGCAGGCAGGGCAACUUGCACAGGGUGCUGGUGGGCCGCUGAGGUGUUGCAUGUAACUGGAAUGGUCUGAGUCGGCUACAGGAGUUGUGCGGCAGCGAUGCUGGAAGGGAAUAAGCCUUACGCGGCCUUUUUACACACCAGUUCUUCAUGUGAAGGGCUGGUUUCAGGUAAGUCCUGUGCUGCAGCCUAUUCUCUUAGCAGCGUAAACAUUAGGCUACAGGAGCUUAAAAAAUACUUGGUUACCAUGAAUGUACGUCUGUGUGUUUACAAUUAAAGCACUGUACCCAGAUGAGAUGAGCUUUCGAUGUUCAGAUAGGAGUGUAUAACUGACCAGGAAAGUCACUUGCAAUUGUGUUUUAUAAAAGUUUUCUAAUCACGUCACUCCUUCACACGUGUCACUUUGUUUGAGACAGGACAAGCCCCUUUUCUAACACUGACUAGGGAACCUCCACCCCGAGGUUAAUGUGAGAAAACUUCCUAACGGAGGAAGACCCUCACCCACUGCAUGGGUGUAACAGGUCAACGUGCGGAAAUACGCAAAAAGGGGUGUUCUGUGUACUGAGUAUGUAUAGGUCUGCAGUGUUUGUUUAGAAUGUUAUGUUCAUGUUCAUAAAGUACCCGUGUUGCUACUUGUUCAGCCUUUCAUGUAUUAAAUGACCAGUACGGAAAGCCUGCA